AUGGCUGAUCAGUUGAAGGACCCUCUACCGACGUUCGUCGAGGACUUUGGCAGCGACGAGCGCAUCUCCUUCUCCAAGCUUGACAACAAGUACCUGGCCGUCCUCGACGACGGCACCGAGCUCGAGUUCGACCCGGCGACAUCCACGUGGGCCGAGGCCGCGGACGAACCCAUAGAACCACUCGACGACGAAGACGAGACCGCGGCGCAACUGGCAGACCUGUCGAGAGCCGGCGCCGGCCCGAGUUACAGCAAUGGAGGCAGCAAUAACCCAAGGAAACGGAAGGACUCGCCCACGUCAGGAGAUGCGGGCGGCAACGGCAGCAGCAGCGGCGGCGGUGACGGUAAUGGCGGUAACGACAACGGCAACGGCAGGGCGCGGCCAGCAAAGAAGGCGAAGCCAGCGCGCGCACCGCCGCCGCCGCGCCAGAACACAGCCGUCUACGUCACGGGUCUACCCGCCGAUGCGACUGUGGACGAGGUCCACGACCUCUUCUCCCGAAAAGCCGGCGUGAUUGCCGAGGAGAUUGACAGCGGCCGGCCGCGCAUUAAGAUGUACACGGACGAGGCCGGCAACUUCAAGGGCGACGCGCUCGUCGUCUUCUUCAAGCCGCAGAGCGUCGAGAUGGCCAUUAUGCUGCUGGACGACACCGAGUUCCGCUUCGAGCCGGGUCCGGCAGGGGCAACGCCCAGGAUGAAGGUCCAGGCUGCCGACUCGAGUUAUAAGAAGACAAAGUACGACGAGGACACCAAUGGCGCGGAAGGGGGGGAUAAGAAAGGGGGAGACGCUGCUGCCGCCCGGCCACAGCGGAGCACGAACAACGGGGACAAGCAAAAGAUUAUCCGCAAGACGCAGAAGAUGGCCGCGAAGCUGGCGGACUGGAGCGAUGACGACGUGGCGGCGGCACCCGUAGAAAGCACCUCGAAGCGCAACCGGACGGUGAUCCUGCGGCACAUGUUCACGCUGGCGGAGCUGGAGGAGGACCCGGCGGCGCUGGUGGAGAUCAAGGAGGACAUUCGCGACGAGUGCGGGAAACUGGGGAGGGUUACCAACGUGGUGCUCUACGACGAGGAGCCGGACGGCGUGGUAGCGGUCAAGUUCUCGGAUACGCAGGCCGCGCAGGCGUGUAUCCAGCUCAUGCACGGGCGGGCGUUUGACGGGCGGAUCGUGGAGGCGAGUAUAGCGAAGCCGAGGGAGAAGUUCAAGAUGUCCAGGGGACAGGUCAGCGAUAGCGACUAG